UUGUUGUGUUUUUUGGGUUCCGGCUCUGAUCCAAUACGACAAAUCUUUUCGAUUCGAAGCGAGUGAAAAUGAAUACUCAAUCUGUGGUGCGUCGUCAUCCGCACAGUUUCUCAAUCGAGCAAAUUCUGGCCAAACCGGAGACACAUUCUCCCAGUAAUUAUGUUGAUCCGACUGCCAGUUUCCAAGUGAUCAAUGAUAAUCAAACUCAGUUGAUUCAUAAUGAAAGUGUGCGUGAAAGUUGUGAUGAUUCGCGUGUGUCCAGUCCUGCAACAUCGAGUUGCCUUGAGGAUGGCCUGGAGGAUGGCAAAAGUGAUAUUGAACUCGCGUCGGAUGAUGGAAGUGCGAACGACGAUCGCAAGAAGCGACCUCGCACCGCCUUCUCGGCUGCCCAGAUCAAGGCGCUGGAAACGGAAUUCGAACGGGGAAAAUAUCUAUCGGUGGCCAAACGAACGGCGCUGGCCAAACAGCUCCAACUCACCGAGACACAGAUAAAGAUCUGGUUCCAGAAUCGCCGCACAAAGUGGAAACGCAAAUACACCUCGGAUGUGGAGACACUUGCCUCGCACUAUUAUUCCCAACUGGGCAUGGGAGGACUAGCGCGUCCCAUGGUUGUUGGAGAUCGUCUCUGGCUGUUUAGUCAAACUCCAGCUGGACCCACGCCCAUACAGUCCAUCAUGCUGAACGGCAGUGGAACUGCGCCGCCUAUGCGACCUUAUGGACCGCCGCCAAAUGGUGCGCCAAUGCCACCGCUGCACGGUGCCAGCGUAAUUGAGAGUGCCAGAAAUGCCAUAUUGGCACGUGGACAGCCGCUCAACUUUGCGCUGCCCUUUGGACUACCGAAGCCAGUGGCCGCAACGCCACCUAGCACAGCAGCAGUCGCAUCGCCAACUGGCUAUGUGCCACACUGUAAACCCUACGCUGGCAGCUUUGUUGACUAUGCACCGCCGCAUCCGGCCAGCGAGGCAUAUCUGCAGCUGAAGUAUGCCACGAUGCCGCCGGAAACGGAAGUGGCCACCAGCAAUGGUUUGGCCGAGCUGGAGCGUGUCUUUGGCGAUGCCAAUGCGAACUUUCUGCUGCAAAAGGGCACGCCAGUUGCCAACAGCAACACAUCCUGUGGCUAUGGACACGAAGGAUUGCAGCAAGCGCAACGCAGUCGACGUGCCACACAAUCGGAGUCCGAAUGCAGCGACAUUGAUUGCGAGCUGCUCGACGAGGAUGAGGAUGCUGUGGAGUAA